UAGAUUAAAGGGUUCGUGCAAGGGGUCACUGCCUAUUAUCUCUCUUAGAGCACUUUUUGAACAACUCAAGUGGAUCCCAAGAGAAUAAUCACGAAAGGAAACCAGGCCAGAAGCCAUGGGAUCCAAACCCAAGCUCUAUUACUUCCGUGGCAGGGGCAGGAUGGAGUCGAUCCGCUGGCUGCUGGCCGCAGCUGGAGUGGAGUUUGAAGAAGAAUUUCUUGAAACAAGAGAACAAUAUGAGAAGCUGCAGAAAGAUGGACUCCUGCUCUUCGGCCAAGUGCCUCUUGUUGAAAUUGAUGGGAUGGUGCUGACGCAGACCAGAGCCAUCCUCAGCUACCUUGCUGCCAAGUACAACCUGUACGGGAAGGACCUGAAGGAGAGAGCCAGGAUCGAUAUGUACACCGAUGGCACCCUGGACCUGAUGCUAAUGAUCGCAUCGGCUCCCUUCAAGGCCCCUGGGGACAGAGACGAGGCCUACGCCACAGUCACGCGGAGAGCUAAGACCUGCUACUUCCCUGCCUUUGAAAAGAUUUUGAAAGGCCAUGGAGACGAGCAUUGCCUCGUUGGGAACAAGUUGAGCUGGGCCGACAUACAGCUGCUGGAAGCUGUUCUAAUGGUGGAAGAACUCGAUGCCGCAGCUCUUUCCGACUUCCCUCUGCUUCAGGCAUUUAAAACAAGAAUCAGCAACGUUCCUACCAUUAAGAAGUUCCUGCAGCCUGGGAGUGCAAAGCAGCCACCCCCGGACCGCCACUACGUGGAAACUGUCAGACGCGUCCUGCAGCAGUGAGCACACGAGGCCCACGUGAGCAGAGCCCCCAGCAGCACUGCGCCCGCCAGCUGCAGCAUGACAGAAGCCAGCUGUAGGCAACAGGAGCAAAGAGCCUGAGGAGACCAGAACCAUGCCGCCACCAGCAACAGUGCCAAUUAAACGUGAUAUGAAACCAUUCUGCUAUGUGUGGUUUUCUUUAAGGUGUCAAGGGUGGUAAUCGGCAGCUUUUAUGAAAUCUGUGUUCUGUGGAAGUGAGGGGCAGACACGCUUAGGGCAGUGGACUCCACGGGCACCGCUCUUGUGUCUGCAUCAAGGCCAGGGCCACAGGAGCAAGGAUGAGCACGGGUCAGGGAGCGGGAUCCCCGGCACUUACCCGAGUCCUGCAUGCGUGGGGCUGGAAAACGAGUGAGAAACGGCCAGUGGAGCACAGCAGGAGGUGCUUAGCUAGCCGGGGGAGAGGUGGAGGGCACAUGCCCAGGAACACGGCUCUGAAUCCCUGAAAACAAACUUGGGGAUGUAGAAUUCCCGCUUCCACUCCUGAUCUCUUCAAGGACCAGGGCCAGUCCACACAUGACAUGUAUGACUUCUGAACAAUAAAUAC